GGCGACUCGCCUGUGACGUAUGUCAUGCGACAGGUAGAGCGUGUUCGCCGGGUUGUGCUGGUUUCGGGUUGCUGUGGGUUGGGGGAAUGUCUGUGUUUCACGACGAGGUGGAGAUCGAAGACUUCGAGUAUGAUGAGGACACUGAGACGUAUUAUUACCCGUGCCCGUGCGGAGACAGGUUCGCUAUCACCAAGGAAGACCUGGAAAACGGAGAGGAGGUUGCUACUUGUCCCAGCUGCUCAUUAAUAGUUAAAGUAAUAUACGACAAGGAUGAGUUCAUGCAGGGAGAAGUUGUUGCAGAGCCUGUAGCGAGCAAGCCGGAGUUGUUGAAGUGCUGAAUAUCUUCUCUCACUGGGUUGAUAAAAUUCUCUCAACAUAUAAGCUGCUGGUGCCCUGGUAAAGUCUCCACCUCUGGAAGCUCCUGUCAUCGCAAUUCAAUGGUUAAUUCAGAAGUGCUACUGCUUUGCUCGCAGAGUACAUUACUUUCGAUUGGGAAAUGUUGCUGGCUGCCCACAAAGCUGAACUUUGUGACAAAAAGCAGUUUUAUAUUUUUGCACUAGCUGAUAGCCCUCAAUUCUAUGCUAUGUGCCAUUAUUAUUAUUAUGCAUUUCUAGUGAUACAGUACCAACCAUUGUUUCAAGGGUCGGUUAUUUUAGGCCAUCAAGAUGUCGACAGUGCAAAUAUUGUAAAACACGUUUAAUGCAGAUUUUAUAUAUUUAUUUUGUUUUAUGUUGUUUUAGACAAAGGAUAAAUAAACAUUCAGUGUA